AGAAAACGGUACGUCGGUAAAACAGUUCCCCCUUUAUUUCCAAAACACAGAGCAGUUUCAGACUUUAAGCUUGGUGCAGAGGGAGAAUGGAUGCCCUCACUCACAUGCUUACAGACCCCCUUGAUCCAAAAGAAGAAGACAAUGGACAAAUCACAGAGGAGUGCAUGCUGGGGAACUGUAUAUUAAACCUACCAGAGGACCUACUCGAGGACCCUGACAUUUUCUUCUCCGUGCUGAGUGAAAGCACCUGGAGUGAAGUACUGUCAGAUUCCCAGAGACAGCACCUUCGUCAGUUUUUGCCAAAGUUUCCAGACAACAAUGUUGCAGAACAGGAUGAAACCAUCGGUGACCUAUUCAACAACACAAACUUUCAUUUUGGAAAUCCCCUCCAUCUUGCACAAAGACAGUUCAGAGAUGGUUACUUCAAUCCUGAAGUGGUCAAGUACAGACAAUUGUGUGCCAAGUCCCAGAAGAAGCGACAGUUGCACUCCCUUCAGCAGUAUUACCACAAAUUGUUGAAGCACAUCCUCGUCUCCAGAAAGGAGUUGCUAGAGUUUGCAGUUCAAAAUGGUCUGGACUUUCCACCAAAAAGAAAGUUGCAGACCAAGACUCAUGCUGAAAUGCGAGAACCAAGGGUGAGAAGAAGAUUGAGCCGUAUAUUAAAGGAUGUCAAAACUGAGUGUGGAGACAGCAACGCUUCAUCUGAUGAUGACGAUAUAUCAUUAUGGACUCCAGCACCCCAUUCGCCUUCCUCUCCGACGCCCACUGUCUCACUCAGAGUCCUCCCCAGCCUCUCCACCCAAGACAUGAAGAUUACUGAAAAAAUAGAACUAGGGGAGAGAGAUCUAAAGGCCAUGCUGCAAAACCAUCGGGAUAAGAGGAAGCGACAGCCAGAUCAUCCAGACUUGAUGACCUCUGACCUCCACCUUGGGGACAUACUUUCAAGAACAAAUAUCGGUCGGAAGGGGACACUGCCACUUUUUGAUCUGUCACUGCCUAAGAAGAAGAUUAAAGAUGAGAGAAGAAAGAAGAAAAUGAGGACAAUAAAAGUGGAAUCUGAGGAUCCUUGUGAAAUUCUCUCACCUUCAGAAAACGCAUCAGCUCCACCAGCGAGCAUCAUCAACUCCCUGCCGGACACGCCGUCCACUCCCCUGGCCAACAUCAAAGAGGAAAUUGUGGAGGAGUGUCAGAGCAGUCCGGCUCCAGUUGAGGAAAUAGCUAUCAGUUUCUUCAGCUUGUUGGAGAGCAUUUUAGCGACAGAAAGCCUUACCAGUACUUCAUUGUUGGAGGAAAAAGUUCAAAUGUGGCAGUCCUCUCCAGCCAGCUCCCUCAACGUCUGGUUCUCAUCUGUCCCGUGCUGGUCUGACUUGGUGCUUCAAGCCCUGCAGUUUCUUGCAGGAGAGACUAAAGAUGGCAUGAUGGCACUCCCCAGUGGCUUUUUUCCAUUUGUGGAAUUUGCUGAUGAAUCUCAGCAGUGGAGGUGGAUCGGCCCCACGCACGAUACAGAGAAGGAUCUCAGCGCACUCUGUCAGCUGUGGCUGGACUCCAAAGAUUUAGUCAUCAAGACCGAAAAUGAAGAAAUGCUAGAGAUGACUUCUCCUACUGCAAGAGUCUCAACUGACUAUGUGGUACGGCCCAGCACUGGGGAUGAGAGACAAGUAUUUCAAAUCCAGGAGCAGCAGCGAUACAACCAGCCGCACAAGGCCUUCACCUUUAGGAUGCACGGCUUUGAAUCUGUGGUGGGGCCGGUUAAAGGCGUGUUUGAUAAGGAGAUGUCCCUCAACAAAGCCAGGGAGCACACGCUGCUGCGCUCAGACCGACCACCAUAUGUCACCAUUCUUUCUCUGGUGCGAGAUGCAGCGGCCAGGUUACCCAACGGAGAAGGAACAAGGGCAGAGAUCUGUGAACUGUUGAAAGACUCACAAUUUCUUGCUCCAGAUGUAACCAGUGCACAGGUGAACACGGUGGUCAGUGGGGCUCUGGAUAGACUUCACUAUGAGAAAGACCCCUGUGUGAAGUAUGACAUUGGUCGUAAGCUCUGGAUUUACCUGCACCGCAGUCGCAGCCAAGAAGAGUUUGAGAGGAUCCACCAGGCUCAAGCUGCUGCUGCAAAAGCAAGAAAAGCCCUACAGCAGAAACCUAAGCCUCCGUCAAAGCCUAAGUCUGGUAAAGAAGGAGGCGGUAAAACCCCGGGGUGUCUGGAGGGAGGACAGGAUAUGGGCUCCAUUCCUAUGUCCCCAACCCCUACAACACCCACCCUAAACACACCAGGAACCCCUAAGUCCCCCUUACCCUGCGCUGCCAGCAUGCCAACAAAGACCGGGGGCCCGGACACAAUCAAGACCAGUACAGGAGUUCUCCUCGUGUCCCCCCCCUCGCUGCCCCAGCUGGGAACGAUCUUACCCAGCAGUCAGGCCUGUCCACAGGUUUCACAUACGGUCACGUCCCAACACGCGGCUCGGAUAGUGAGCCACCUGGCGGCAGGCUCCCUCCCUCAGGUGCGGGUGGUGUCCGCUCAUUCUGGUCUGGGUCCCUCGGCAGGAGGUCAACAGGCUACCAUGUUGCAUCAUACCCCCCACCAGAUAAGGAUGCCAAUGUCAAUGACAGCCAAGGGCAUCUCCCAGACAGUGGUUUCUCUUCCUCUGAGGACUCAGUCUGUCAGUAGUCCGGUCCACGUGCCCACCACCCUCUCAGUGUCUGCUGUAGCUUUGGCCAAACCUCAAGCCCGGUCCCCUGGAAGCCCGGCACACAUCCACCCCUCUUCCCCCGCUCUGCUGCAUGGAGUCUCCGGCCAGAAUAUAAAACAGGUGUCUAUCACAGGCCAGUUGGGAAUGAAGCAUGCUGGAGGAGCAGGAAUCCCAAUAACAGCUACCAACCUGCGCAUCCAGGGUAAAGAUGUCCUCCGCCUCCCCCCCUCCUCCAUCACUACUGACUCUAAGGGCCAGACGGUGCUGCGGAUCACCCCAGACAUGAUGGCCACUCUCGCCAAAUCCCCAGUUGCGACUGUCAAACUCACCCCUGACUUCCUGGGCUCAGCCUCAGGCAGUAAAAGCAUAUCAGCUACUCUGCACAUGACGCCCCCCCACUCCUUGGCUUCCUCUGCCUCCGGUUCCACUUCGGAUAUUCAGACCACUAAAGCAGGCUCUAUUACCUCCACCUUGUUGAAGGCCACCGGCGACAUUCGUCUGAUGCCCACUCUGGCUGUCACUAUGGCGGACCAAAAAACAAGAACCUUCUCCACUGUUUCCUCCCCCGACAAGAGCGGGGCCACCAUUCGGAUAAUGCCGGGCCUCGGUGUGAUUCCACAGAAACAGGGUCACACCAUCACUAUGACAACCACCACUGGCACUAAGACCCUCACAGCGUCUACAUGUGCUAACGUAGUGACCAUGGCUGCCAGUGUUGUGGCCGGGGCCAAGGGGCUCACUGUGGCUCCUGGGGUCUCGUGCUCCACUCUGACGCUAGGAACAGCCACUGCCACCGUGAGGCAGGUCCCCGCUACAGUGGUUACCACACAAACAGGGAAGUUACCAACACGGAUAACUGUACCCAUCUCUGUGCUGAGCCAACCACUGAAGAGCAAGAGUGUUGUGACCACACCGAUGGUGAAAGGAAGUCUAAACGCAAGUCUCAGCAGUCUGGGCAGGAACAUCAUCCUCACCACCAUGCCUGCAGGCACCAAGCUGAUCGCAGGGAACAAACCGGUCAGCUUCGUCACCGCGCAGCAGUUCCAGCAGCUUCAGCAGCAGGGACAGGCCACACAGGUUCGUAUCCAGACGGUCCAAGCGCAGCAGCUCCAGCAGCGCAUGGCAACAGGCUCCCCGAAAUCUGUUUCCACAGUUGUAGUCACGACAGCACCUUCACCCAAAUGUGCCCCCGACCCCCCUCCUGCACCUAAACAGUGAUGGUUGGUUGUUCAACAUGAUUUUACUUGUUUGUUCUCUCGCAAGUGUAUUUGUAACAUUGUAUAUUAACAUUGUAUAUUAUCAUUACAAUUGGGAUAAUACUCACAAAAACUUAGCUUUUUUCUUUUAAGGAUUUGACUUGUGUUCAGUCUAACCCUUUCUCUGUUGAAGUGCGUUAAACUCUUCACAGUCACUAUGAACAGUAUGUUAAAAAUCCCCUCCUGAAUUAUUUUGUCCACAUUGUUUCAACAAAAAUGUAAACAAUGGAAAACGUGUGACUACUGUAUGCUGCUCCAACCAUGCAGGCUUCAGUCUUUCCUUUCCAGCAGCUUACUGUACACAAGACCAGUUGCUCUGUUAACAUUUUACAACCUAAAUACAACCUCACAUCACAACUCAUUCAUAUUAAAGUACACAUUGUAAAUUCUAA